GGCUUGCGUGGUGGUGCCACUUUGCAAGAAAUCAUGAAGAUAACCUCAUCCCGCUUGCAAUCUAUCGUCCUGCGCAGAGGCGGGGAGUCUGAUAAAAUGCUGGAAAAUAGCAGAAAUUGAGCGGAAUGAUGAAUGGAUGAGCAGAGAGUGGCUGGGAGGGAGCGAUCGUGAGCGGAUAGGAGCGGGGGAGUGAUGACUGCUUUAUCAGCGUGCCGUACGUUGGCACAAUCAUAGCACGGAGUUAGAGAUCCACAUACCAUAUGGCUGCCCUGCCCCUCUUUCUCUACCUUUCCUCGCCAUUCCCUCCACUGCCUGUAUCAACAUGGUUGGACGCAAGGGAUUGAAGCGAUUAUGGAGGAUGCCCCUGGUUCCCCGUGAGGCACCUCCACCCAAGGCAUCGCUCGACGACGCAGAUCUUAUCCCAGAGGCGACUGCGCCAUGGUGGGACAUCCUCACCUUUGGUUGGAUCACUCCCCUCCUCUCUCUCGGCUACGUCAGGCCCCUCGAAGCGACCGACCUCUACAAGCUGCAAGGUCAUCGCUCGUCUCAGCUGAUUGCCGACAAGAUCAUUGCAUCGUACGACAGGCGCUGCGAGGAGGCCGAGUCGUACAAUGCUCGCCUCGCCAGCGGGGAAGUUCGGCCUGGAUUGCGUGCGUUGUGGUGGACUGUUCGCGGGCACAAGGCUGAAAGAGAGCGACAGUGGAGAGAGAAGGAUGGCCGCAAGCGCCCCAGUCUGGCGUAUGCACUCAAUGAUGCUGUCAAAUGGUGGUAUUGGAGCGGCGGUCUCAUGAAGCUCGUUGCCGAUGUCGCCACCGUUCUGACUCCAUUAUUGGUCAAGGCUUUGAUCAAUUUCGGCACUCAGUCCUACGCAGCACACCAGGAAGGCCUGUAUAGCGAGAUUCCGCCUAUCGGUCGCGGCGUCGGGCUCGCCAUUGGCCUGCUGCUUGUCGAGAUUGUCAUUUCGCUAUGCACCAACCACUUCUUCUACCGCGCGACCUCAACUGGUGUUCUUCUCCGUGCGGGGCUCAUCACUGCGAUUUACUCGCGCUCGCUGCAUCUCACCACGCGCGCCCGUGCCACGCUCACGAACGGCAAGCUCGUCAAUCACAUAUCGACAGACGUCUCGCGCAUCGACUUCUGCUGCGGGUUCUUCCAACUCGCGUUUACCGCUCCCGUGCAGAUGAUCGUCUGCCUUGUCAUUCUGCUCAUCAACCUCGGCCCUGCGGCGCUUGCAGGCUUCGCGUUCUUCAUUAUGUGCACGCCAGUGCAGACGCUUGCGAUGCGUCGCUUGAUGAGCCUCCGGAUGAAGAGCAUGCAAUGGACGGACAAGCGGAGCAAGACGUUGCAGGAACUGCUGAGCGGGAUGAAAAUUAUCAAGUACUUCUCAUGGGAGGUGCCGUAUCUGAAGCGUAUCGAGGAGUUGAGAGGGAAGGAGAUGGCGUACAUCCGUUCGCUGCUCCUCAUCCGCUCAGCGAAUAAUGCUAUUGCGGUGUCGCUUCCCACGCUCGCGAGCGUGAUAUCAUUCAUAGUGUACUCGCUGGCAGGACAUUCGCUGAACGCGGCGAAUAUCUUUUCCUCGCUCACUCUGUUCAAUUUACUGCGUCUUCCGCUCAUGUUUCUGCCUUUGGCUCUGAGCGCUACUGCCGAUGCGAAGAAUGCCAUUGAACGCCUCCGAGGUGUGUUCGAGGCAGAGACCCAGGGCGAUGGCCAGGUGCAGGAUCCGUCUUUGGAGGUGGCGAUCAAAGUGGAGAAUGCAGAUUUUACAUGGGAAGGCCCGCCUCCUGAGCCGGAAUCCGCAAAAAAGAAGAAGGGCGGCCGCGGUGGGAAGAAAGAGUCACAGGUCACGCCUCCAGCGGACGGAGACAAGCUGCCCGAGAAGAUCUUCGGCAUGAAGGACGUUAGUCUGACGAUUCCGCAUGGCAAGCUUGUCGCCAUCGUUGGACCUGUAGGUUCUGGGAAGACGUCCCUUCUGGAGAGCAUGAUUGGCGAGAUGCGGCGCACGGCGGGGACGGUCACUUUCAACGGGUCCAUUGCGUAUUGCCCACAGAGCGCAUGGAUCCAAAACGCGACCGUGCGCGAUAACAUUUGUUUCGGGCGCCCGUUCGAGGAGGAGCGCUACUGGAAGGCGGUGAAUGACGCGUGUCUGGACACGGACCUGAAGCUUUUGCCGCAUGGCGACCUGACCGAGGUCGGCGAGCGCGGGAUCUCGCUCUCGGGCGGGCAGAAGCAACGGAUCAAUAUCUGCCGUGCGCUGUACGUGGGUGCGGACAUCCAGAUCUACGACGACCCGUUCAGCGCGCUCGACGCGCACGUCGGGCGCGCAGUGUUCCAGAACGUGUUCCUCGGCGCGGCGCAGGGGCGCACCCGCGUGCUCGUCACGCACGCGCUGCACUUUCUCCCGCAGGUAGACUUCAUCUACACGAUCGUUGAUGGACACAUCAGCGAGGCGGGCACAUAUGCGGAGCUGAUGGCGGCGGAGGGCGAGUUUGCGAGGUUCGCUAGGGAGUUUGGGGCGAAGGAAGAGGAGGAGGAAGAAGAGGAGGAGGCGGUGGAGGAGGAGGUGGGCGAGGAGAAGGAAAUGGGUGGGCAUGAGACUAAGAGCGGGCCAGGCGUGACGAUGAUGCAGACAGAAGAGAGGAACACGGGUUCGGUUAGUGCGAGAGUGUACAGGCGGUAUUUGGCGGCGGGGAAGGGAGGGAUCAUCCUUCCGCUGCUCAUUGCUUCGAUUGCGUUGUUGCAGGGCGCGCAGGUCAUGUCUUCGUAUUGGCUGGUGUACUGGGAAGAGGUAAAAUGGCCGUACGGUUCAGGGUUCUAUAUGGGCAUCUAUGCCGGCCUUGGUGUCGGGCAGGCUGUUUUCUUCUUCUUUAUGGGAGCACUGUUCGCAUUGUUGACGUAUAUUGCCUCCAAGAAGCUUCAUAAUGAUGCUCUUGUAAGGGUGAUGUAUGCGCCUAUGUCUUUCUUCGAGACCACUCCGCUUGGCCGUAUCAUGAAUCGUUUUGCGAAGGACAUUGACACGAUCGAUAACAUGCUGGGAGAUGCACUGCGUAUGUUCAUGGCAACGUUUGCGAAUAUCAUUGGUGCUGUCAUCCUCAUCGGCGUGGUCCUGCCAUGGUUCCUCAUCGCGGUCGGUGCGAUCAUCUGCUGCUACCUUUGGGCGGCUUUCUUCUACAGGGCGAGUGCGCGUGAAUUGAAGCGACUUGAUGCGAUACUCCGUUCUUCACUAUAUAGCCAUUUUUCCGAGUCACUGUCUGGUUUGGCCACGAUUCGCGCCUACGGCGAGACUAAGCGCUUCUUGGCAGAAAAUCGCGAUAGGGUCGAUAUCGAGAAUCGUGCAUACUGGUUGACAAUUACAAACCAGCGAUGGCUUGGAAUCCGGCUAGACUUACUCGGGAUCUUACUGACUUUCGUUGUUGCCAUCCUAUCGGUGGCCAGCAGAUUCACCAUCUCGCCUUCGCAGAUGGGUGUCGUUCUGAGCUACAUCAUCAGCGUCCAGCAGGCGUUCGGUUGGUUGGUACGCCAGAGCGCGGAGGUGGAAAACGAUUUCAACAGUGUCGAGCGUAUCGUGUACUACGCGGACGAGCUGGAACAGGAGUCACCGCAUCAAUUGCCUGACCGUACGCCUCCACCGUCAUGGCCUGCAAGGGGGACCGUUGAGUUCAAUGAGAUCGUGCUCAAGUACCGUCCGGAGCUGCCUGCGGUGCUCAAUGGAUUGUCGAUGUCCAUCCGUCCAGGAGAGAAGGUCGGCAUCGUUGGACGGACCGGCGCUGGGAAGAGUUCGAUUAUGACAGCGCUGUACCGCCUUGUCGAGCUGACAUCGGGUUCCAUCGUUAUCGAUGGCGUUGACAUCUCGAAGAUUGGCUUGGACGACUUACGGAAGGGACUCGCUAUCAUCCCACAGGAUCCGUUACUCUUCUCCGGAACCCUGCGGAGCAACCUCGAUCCUUUUGGGUACCACGAUGACGCCCGGCUUUGGGAUGCGCUCAAGCGCGCCUACCUUGUUGAGGACCGCGAGCCGUACUACUCGAUGGAUGGAACGAGCGAUGCGGGAGAAGGAAGUGCAACGCCGAUGAAUCGCUUCACGCUCGACAGCCCGAUCGAGGACGAGGGCGGAAAUCUGUCGAUCGGACAGCGUUCGUUAGUCUCGCUUGCGCGAGCGCUUGUGAAGGAGUCCAAGAUCUUGAUAUUAGACGAGGCGACGGCGUCGGUUGACUAUGAGACGGAUCGGAAGAUCCAAGACACGAUUGCAGUAGAGUUCCGGGACAGGACCAUCUUGUGCAUCGCUCAUCGGCUGCGCACGAUUAUUGGCUAUGACCGCAUAUGCGUGAUGGACGCGGGAGGCAUCGCCGAGUUUGACACGCCGGCGAACCUGUACAAUAUUGCAGACGGGAUCUUCCGUGGGAUGUGCGAACGCUCUGCGAUAACGCUGGAUGACAUCCUGUAUGCGGCGAAGGCGAAGCGGGAGCUCGAGCUGGCAGUGGAGGCCGAGAAGCGGAGCGGGACGGUGGUGAGGUCAUGCACGCCAUCGGAGAAGGACGGAGACCUGGAGGACGAGAAAGGUGAGAUUGUCGAGGAGCUCCCGGUGGGGCCUGGCCCGUGAGGCAUGCUGGGCGACUGCGCUGGCUCGGAGGACAGUGAUAGAUGCUUCCGACCUCCGACGUAGGCGCGAACCGGCUCGGAGGGAAUGAUUGGUGUUGCCGGAGGUCGUCAGGACGUCUGGCUGGGCCAGUGGCUGGACGCUGUUGGCCUGGAGACUGUAUCUCUUACGGAUGGCUAUAAGAUCACGGGCGGCUUCUUACGGGUCAUACAAAUCGGUACGGUGUCUCUCACGUUAUCUACGAGCGGUUUUGCUGUAUACAUGUAGUUUAGACGGUGAUGAAUACAAGUAGCACUGCGGAAUGUACACGGAGGAGACAGAUGCAGGUCAGAUGAGAGG